AUGCUCUGGACAUCCAGCGAGGGGAGGGAGGAGAGGCUCAAGCGGCUGCGGGCAGGGCUGAAGACCUAUGCGGAUGCUGGGGUAUAUGGUCGGCUCACCUACUCCUUCGUGGGCUCCCUCCUGAGCCUGGGAGCGGUGGGUGGCAUCGAUGAGGAUGUCGGCCCUGAGCUCCUGCCCGCCAACAACCGCGCAGAGGUGCUGUCGGAGACCUUUGAUGCCGUCUACCAGCAGGUGUCGUCCCGGCCCGGCCUUACGCCCGCCGCCAUCAUGUGGAGGACCUACCUGAAAGUAUACCGCAUAAAGAUUCUGGUUCACUUGUUAUGGGCCUUUGCGGAGGUCGGCUGCAGGGUUGGCUCCCCCCUCAUCCUGCGCAAGCUGAUCACCUGGUUCUGGGGCUGGGAGAGCAGCGGCGGCGACGCGGCGGCCUUCCCCGCCUGGCAGGGCUGGCUGUGGUCGGGCCUGCUGGCCCUCAUGGGCUACCUCUACUGCGCAGUGCACCACCAGCUGUUCUGGAAGGGCAUGCGCAACGGCUUCACCAUGCGCCUGCAGGCCAUCGCCGCGGUGCAGGCCAAGGUGCUGCGCCUGAACGCCGCGGGCGUGGCGGCCGUGACCGCCGGCAAGAUCGUCAACCUGGUGUCCAAUGACGUGCGCCGCUUCGACGAGGCCGGCACCUUUGGCGUCUUCCUCAUCGCAGGGCCCGUGGAGCUGGCCAUAGUCCUGGUCCUCAUCGGCCUUAAGAUGGGGUUUGCCGCCUCCGUCGCAGGCGGCCUGCUGGGGCGGCGCAUCGUCAGGCUGCGCCACGCCACCGCGCUGCAGACCGACGAGCGCGUGAAGCUGACCAGCGAGGCGCUGUCUGGCGUGCUGGCGGCCAAGAUGCUGGGCUGGGAGGACGGGCUGCUGGCCCGCAUCCACGCCGUGCGUGGGCGGGAGCAGGGCUUCGUGCGCGCCCAGGCGCGCAUCCGCGCCCUCAACAUGGGCCUGGCCUUUGCCAUCUCCCCCGUGGCGGCGCUCAUCACCUUUGCCACCGCACGCGGCACGGGGCACGUGCUUACCGUGGCCAACGUCUUCUACACCAUCGCCCUGCUCCAGCUGCCCAAGCUCUACAUGGCCGACUUCUUCGUCAAGUCGGUGGAGGCGCUGUCGGAGCUGCGCGUCAGCAUGGCCAGGAUCGGGAAGUUUCUGUGCCUGGCCGAGCCCCCGCCGCCAUACCACCACGUUUCGAGCGCGGCGCCGGGCACCCUCCUCGUCCCCGGUCUCGACUUUGACUGGGAGGUGCUGCCCUGGGCCCAGGGCAGCGGUGCGUAUGGGGGGGUGGGGGCAGGCAAUGCUAGAGAGAAGACCGGACAGAAUGAGGAUGCCCAGGGGGGGCAGGGGGAGAGGGUAGACACCCAGCCCAACCGCGACCCUGGCAAGCUGACGCUGCGCGGCAUCCGGCUGGAGUCGGCGCCGGGGCGCCUGAUCGGGGUGAUCGGCGAGGUGGGGUCUGGCAAAUCCUCCCUCCUCUCCGUGCUCCUCGGGGAGCUGCAGCCCACGGCCGGGGGCGGCGUGGACGUUGGCGGCCGCGUGGCGUAUGUCUCCCAGGUGCCCUGGACCGUCGCCGGCACCGUCAAGGAGAACAUCCUGUUUGGGGGAGAGGAGGACCCGGAUUUCUACGCGCGCGUCGUCCAGGCCUGCGCCCUGGGCGACGACCUGGCCAUGCUCCCCGGCGGCGACGCCGCGGAGCUCGGCGAGCGCGGCGUCAACCUCUCCGGCGGCCAGCGCGCGCGGCUGAGCCUGGCGCGCGCAGCCUACAGCCGCGCAGAGGUCCAGCUGCUGGACGACCCGCUGUCGGCGGUGGACCCGCGCGUGGGCCGCACGCUGUUCGAGGCCUGCAUCGGGCCGGGCGGGGUCAUGGCGGGGGCCACGCGCGUGCUGGCCACGCACCAAACCCAGCACCUGGGCGCCAGCGACGAGGUGCUGGUCAUGCGCGGCGGGGCCAUCGCGGAGCGCGGGACCAUGGCCCAGCUGGCGGCGCGGGGGGUGCCCGAGGCCGCGGCCAUGCACGAGGCGGCGCUGGACGACGCGACGUAUGACGGCCAGCUUGGGUCCGAGGACGAGGAGGUAGGGGAGGUGGAUGACGAGGGGGUGGCGGCCCACGCCAGGCCUGGCGACGAGACCCAGGACGCCGCACAGGAUGCCGAAUGCCAGACAGACGCUGCGCCGGCCUCCAGACCGGAGCGAGCCCCGGACAGGACGCCGGCAGAGAACCGAGACCGCGACGAGGCGAGGCCGGGCAGGCACCCCUCCAUAGUGAGCCGCCUGCUGGCCAAGGUCACGCGCCGGCGCUUGAUCGACCAGGGCAGCUCCUUUGCUGAGGCUGCCAAGCCAUCCAUGGCGGCUGCAGGCACCCUGAUCCUGGCGGAGGAGCGGGAGAUUGGCAGCGUGGACUGGCACGUGUAUGGCGCGUACUGUGGCUACAUGACCUGGUCGAUCGUCAUCACCAUCGCAGCCGCCAUGUUUGUGGGCCAGGGUGUGUAUCUCUAUGGUGACUACUGGAUUGCGGUCUGGUCCUCCAAGUCAGAGGCGGAGCAGCAGGAGGCCUUCUGGAUCUGGGGCUACGCCAUCAUGGUGAGCUGCGUCCUGGCCAUCUCCCUGGUUCGUGCGCAGCUCUUUUUCCAUUACACCCUGGUGGCGUCCUCGGCCAUGCACCAUGCCAUGAUCGAGCGGGUGAUGCGUGCUCCUCUCUCCUUCUUCCACACCAACCCCACUGGCCGUGUGCUGAAUCGCUUCAGCAAGGAUCAGGGGGCCGUGGAUGACCAGCUCCCGACAGUGGCCUUUGAUGCCAUCCAGGCCGCCAUGAUCGUCCUGGGCUGCUUUGUGCUGCUCAUGGUCGUCGUGCCCUUCAUCAUCCCCAUCUUCAUCCCCUUGGGCAUCGCCUUUGUGCUGGUCUACCGGCGCUACGUCUGCACCUCGCGUGAGGUCAAGCGCUUCGAGGCCACCUCCCGCAGCCCGGUCUACGCCUCCUUCUCCGCACUCCUCAAGGGCCUACCGUCCAUCCGUGCGUACGCCGCGGCGCCGCGCUUCCGCGCCCGCUUCCUGCGCGACCUCUCUGACAACGGCGCCUGGUGGUUUGUCUUCGUCACCUGCGCGCGCUGGGUGGGCUUCCGACUGGACCUGCUGGUGGCCCUGCUCAUGACGGCGGCCCCGCUGCUCAUGAUGGGCGUGCACGACUCGCUGUCGGCGCGGCUGGUGGGCCUUGGCCUGUCCCAGAGCCUGCAGCUGGGCGGCAUGCUGCAGUGGGCGGUGCGACAGGCCUCCGAGGUGGAGAAUCACAUGACUAGCGUGGAGCGCAUGCUGGCCUACACGCGGCUGCCCCAGGAACCGCCCACCCUGGCCCAGGGCGGCCCCCCCCCGCCCAAGGGCUGGCCGGGGGCAGGGAUGCUGCAGUACGACGACGUCACUGCCGUGUACCGUGAGGGCCUGCCCCCGGUCCUCCACGACCUCAGCUUCACACUGGAGGGCGGGCUGUCGUGCGGCGUGGUGGGGCGCACCGGAUCCGGCAAGUCCUCGCUCCUACUCACGCUGUUCCGCCUGAUCCCGGUCACCCACGGCGCCAUCCGCCUGGGCGGGGUGGACACCGCGCGGCUGGCGCUGGACGCGCUGCGCCGCCAGAUCGCCAUCAUCCCCCAGGACCCUGUGCUCUUCUCCGGCAGCCUGCGCGGCAACCUGGACCCCUGGAACGCCUUCGACGACCACCGGCUGUGGGAGGUGCUGGGCGCGGUGCAGCUGGGGCCGGUGGUGCGCGCUCUGGGCGGGCUGGAGGGGCGCAUGCAGGAGGCGGGGGACAACCUCAGCGUCGGCCAGCGCCAGCUCUUCUGCCUGGCCAGGGCGCUGCUGCAGGGAGCCAGCAUCCUGGCGCUGGACGAGGCCACCGCCAAUGUGGACCGGGCGACCGACGUCCUCAUUCAGGAGGCCGUGCGCACCUUCAGCAAGACCGGUGCGGGCGACGACGGUCGCGCCAGGCGCACUGUCCUGGUCAUCGCCCACCGCAUCCACACUAUCAUGGACUGCGACCGUCUGCUGGUGCUGUCGGACGGGCACCUGGUGGAAAGCGGGGAGCCGGGCUUUCUGGCCAGGGGCCGUGGCGUCUUCUCCCGCCUUGUCAGGGCGGCGGGGGCUGGAGGAGGCAGGGCCUGA